CGUCGCAGGAGACUUUAGUUUCGGUAGUAGAAGUUAUGGCCAGAGGAGGAAUGAGGGGCAGAGGCGGCAUGAAUAGAAGCAUGGGCGGCAGACCCCCAUACAAAGUGAAAAUGUUUCUUCCAAGGCACCCGUUCGAUCUCGCCCUCUGCGAGUCGUCAUUUCCGCGGGUUAAAGCUGCACCCGACGAAUCGGCAUUCACGCAAGCUUUAUUAAAGCGUAACAGUGAUUUGUCUCCAACGCCUGCAGAACAAACCGCCAUUCUCAACCUGGUUACGAAAAUUCAAACAGUUCUCGAUAACUUGGUCGUCGCACCUGGAAACUUCGACGCUUGCCAAUUGGAUGAAGUACGACAAGUGGGUUCAUUUAAAAAGGGCACUAUGGUUACGGGCCACAACGUUGCCGACAUCGUCGUAAUUCUCAAGACUCUCCCAACUAGGGAAGCGGUAGAGGCUCUCGGCAACAAAGUAAGAGAGGAUCUGAAGAAUUUAAUGAAAAACGAAAUCGUUCCCAAAGGCGAGCAACUGUCGCACGCAACCAACGAGCGAGGCUUCGAGGUCAGUAAUUCUUUUGCUUGCGUUCGUGUCAUGGUAACCACCCUGCACCACAACAUCAGAAAGCUGGACCCGGAAAUCCAUCUAGAUCAGAAAAUUAUGCAGAGUCACCUGGCCGCCAUCCGACAUAGCAGAUGGUUUGAGGAAAACGCCCAUCAUUCCUCCAUUAAGGUUUUGAUUCGUUUGUUAAGAGACGUUAAGAACAGAUUUGAGGGUUUUGAACCGCUCACGCCCUGGAUGUUGGACCUUUUGGCACAUUUCGCGAUUAUGAAUAACCCUAGUAGGCAAGCCUUGCCUAUAAACGUGGCCUUUCGGCGCGUUUUCCAACUGCUAGCCGCCGGAUUGUUCUUACCGGGAUCGGCCGGUAUUACGGAUCCCUGUGAGGGUGUGAGUUUAAGAAUACACACGGUGAUGAGUUUGGAACAGCAAGAUGUCUGCUGCCUCACUGCCCAGACUUUGCUCAGGGUGUUGUCGCAUGGUGGGUUCAAACAGAUUUUGGGUAUCGAAGGUAGCAACAACAUAGCCAAAGAGAUGUCCGUUUGGGACGGGGUGGUUGUUUCACCUUUGGAUAAGGCCUACGAGAACCCGCCAGAGAAAAAGGAAGGGGACGAGGAUGAGGAUAUGGAGGAGGGAGAAGGGGACGAGAGUAUGGAAACGCAGGAAGUGCAGUAGACUUUAGUAUUUAUGUAUUUCAUUGUGAAUCGAGUGAUUUGAUCAUAUUGUGGCGUGAUUUAGUGAUUGGAAUAUCCUUUUUUUAAAUAAAAGUCAUUUUUCUGGUGUAAUUUUAAUUCUUUCCUGUUUUUGCCUAGGUCUCCAGUCUAUAGAUCUUAAGCACAGUUGAAUUGUCAAUUACCUUAUUUUACCUUGACCUUUAGAUGUGCAUUAAGUAUUAACAAGUUAAAAUACUUACAUAAGUGCUGUGUGAGCAAAGAUACUGCCAUUUUGUACCUAAGGAGCUAUUCUUGACAGCAAGCAUUUUGAGUGGUGUUCACGAAAUGUAAAAAUUAUCAACGAAAUUCGCAAAUC